UUUCCGCGAUAAGCAACUGGCACACGAUACGCAUUAAUUGGGGCAAAAUGACAUAAAUUUUGCUCAGUAACGAAACACAAAUCUCCAAUUUUUAUUAAACGAACUCGGGUCGUGGACAAUAAAGCAGUUCCACCCACAAUGUUUGCAACGCUCAAAAACAAAAUCAAGGAGGAAACUGGGGAUGAUGUAUCCACGUCGGCGUCCCAAGUACACCAGCGUUAUGGAAGCAACAACAACAUUAAUAAUUACCGCCUACGUAGUCGACGUGUGAGCGUCAACUCCAACUUCGCCGAUGAAUUGGGUGGUGCUUUUAGUGAGUCUGAACAAAUAUGCCAGCUGCGCAGUCAAUGCAAUGAGCUCACGACCAAGGUAUCCAGCCUCAGUCAAAGUCUUCAACAGUUACAGGAGGAAAAAACCCGCAUAGAGAAAACAAAUGCAAUCUUAUUAGAGAGCGUAAAGGUGGCACAAACACAAAAGGACAUUUAUUGCGAGGAGCAGGAGAAAAUACAGAAUCUGCAGCAAAUCGAAAUAGAUAAAUUGAAAAAUUUGCUCAGCUUUCGUGAGCAGGAAGCUGUCGAUCGCAUGGGUGCUAUGCAGCAGCAAUAUCAGCAAAUUGAUAAUCUAACACAAGAGCUGGAGCGACUUAAAACCAUAGAACCAGUUGCUGAAGAUCUGCGCGAUGAACUUCAACAGAUCCGACACUCCACUCAACAAGAAAAGAACCAACUUACCACCACAUUGGCGGCUGUGCAGGAAGAGAAUCAUCACUUUAAAAUGCGUCUGAAAAUCGUUGAGGAGGCGCGUCUAGAAACUCUCGCAAAAAUGAAUGCCGAACAGCAAGUGCAGGCACUUGUCCAUGAACACAAACGUCUGGAACAACUUUUGGAAGAGGCACACUUGCAAUUGUCCGAUAUUAAAAGCUCAUGGAGCGGUCAAAACUUAGCACUAGAGACACAAGUGAGUCGGCUGUCGAAACAGGUGGCCGAGGAAACCACCGAAAAGCGAAAGGCACUAAAAGUGCGCGACGAUGCUAACGAACGAAACAAACAGCUCCAAUUUGAACUACAGAAAUCACAAGAGGAGGUCGCACAACGCAAUAAUAAAAUCAAACUUUUGGAGGACGAGGUCGACGAAUUAAACUUGGCUCUGAAAGAAUGUCGUGAGGAUAACGAACAGCAAAUUCUAUAUGAGCGUAAUAAAUCUCAAACACUUGAAACGGAAACCAAAGAUCUGAAAACACGACUGGCCAGUGCGGAAGAAAGAUUCUCUGAUUAUACCACCAAUGCGGAACAGGUGGCAAAAAAGUUGCGCGCCCACGUUAAUGAGAAGGAAGAGCAGCUGAGCGAAGCUCAGUCUCAAUUGGAAGUCGAGCGUGAGGAGAAAUUGACUGCUCUCUUGCGCAAUGCUGAGAUUUCACAAAGCGAGGAGAUGCUGAAACAACAGUUGCGUAUGGAGAGAACCGAUUUAAAUGAACUGCAAGAUAAGCAUAAACAAUUAGAACAGGAAGUUAAUAAGGCCCGACAGUCCUUAAAAUUGUUAAACGAAGCAUCCCAACAGCACACGCAAAACUUAGCGGACUAUGAACAGGCACAACAAGAAAUUUUGGACAAGAACAAGACAAUAAAAACGUUAAAUCAACGUUUAGUUGACCUAAGGAAAACUCUGCAAAAGGAAUUUCGCAACUCCCAAUCGACUUCUGAAAACGAUCAACAGAUUGCAAUACCUAAAUUUAAAUGCACCAACGCUGCUCUGGAUGCUUUUCAGGGUGAAAACAAAGCCAAUUGCAUUGUUAUGGAUGAGGUCAAUUUUAAGUACUUAAAACAUGUCAUAGUUAAGUUUCUGACCAGCAGAGAGGUAGAAGCACGUCAUCUUAUACGUGCGGUCUCUACAUUGCUUCAACUUUCAUCAGAAGAGGAGAAACUGCUGCAUGACACAUUAAAUUGGAAAAUGAGCUGGUUUGGAGCCAAACCCAAUCACGGAAGCGGACAACAUGCAUGGUCUAUACCACCAAGUUAAUCCAUAAUCUCAAACAAAACGAAAUCGGCCGUUCUAUAUGACCACCAGCUUUCCUCCCAGCGCUGCAGCUACUUUUUAAACGCAAGCCCAUAAUGUUAGAAAUAUACAUAAAAUAAUUACA